AAACGACUCCACGUGUGAAUGUUGAUAAGGGGUGGCAGGAAUUUGUCACGCGAUUCAGUGAAAGAAAAAGGCGUGAAUUCACGUCGCAGGAGGAAGAGAUUACUUUAUUAGGAAAUGCACUGCUAAUAGAGAGUGUGUGGAAUAGCUGUAGAUGGGCGAGAGAGAGGGGGAGUAGCCAGAGAGAGAGAGAGAGAGAGAGAGAGAGGGAGGGAGAGAGAGAGACGGGUGGACGGGGUGAUGCUGCGCCUUAUCUACUGGCUAAAUGAGGGUUGUCUUUCCCAGUUCAGGCAGCAGGGCUUCUCCACCAUUCCAGCGAGGAUCUGUAAUUUACACGACAACAGCAGGGCGCCCCUCGGAUCUCCAUUGGACUGUGCGCCGGUUCUUCUCCCACAGCGCUGCUCCUGCUCCUGCCGCCGCUGAUCCAUCACCGAGCGCUCCACGCCAAAGGGAGGACAAGAUCUCAUUUCCGGGCCAUGUGCAGAACGACAUGUAUGUGUGAAUUCAUGCGGUGACAGCAGGAGGGGAAUGGAGCGGUUGUCAUCAAAUUCCUGCAGACGCACCGACGGUGAGACCGUGGAGGCUGUUGUGUAGAGAGAAGACCUUCAUGCGCAGCAGCCAAUCCUAGAGAUUCGUUUUUAUUGCCAGCGAAAAAAAAGGGAUCAGUGGUCAGGUGUCGCCUUUCCUUUCAACCACAACAAUGGGGGAGCAGCCCAUCUACAGCACGCGGGCCCACGUCUUCCAGAUCGACCCCAACACCAAGAAGAACUGGCUGCCCACCAGCAAGCAUGCCGUCACCGUCUCCUACUUCUACGACAGCACGCGCAACGUCUACCGCAUCAUCAGCCUGGACGGAACCAAGGCAAUAAUCAACAGCACCAUCAGUCCCAACAUGACGUUCACAAAGACUUCACAGAAGUUUGGCCAGUGGGCGGACAGUCGAGCUAACACUGUGUACGGGCUGGGAUUCUCCACCGAGCAUCAUCUAUCCAAGUUCGCAGAGAAGUUUGCCGAGUACAAAGAGGCAGCACGGCUCGCGAAGGAGAAGAGUCAAGAAAAGAUGGAGAUGGCCACGUCUCCCUCUCAGGAGUCUCCAGCCGGUGAGCUCUCUUCUCCUUUAACCCCGGUGACUCCGCCCAUGGAAAACAUCAACGGCACAGAUGAGAUCUGCGACACGACUCCCAACUCUGACGUGCGUCCCGAGCCGUCGCAGAACGCGCUGGCCUUCGCACACAGCCCGGCUAUGACGAAACACUGGGAGGCUGAGCUGGAGGCACUAAAGGGGAACAAUGCCAAGCUGACGGCAGCUCUGCUGGAGUCCACGGCCAACGUCAAACAGUGGAAACAACAACUGGCUGCCUACCAGGAAGAGGCAGAGAGACUACACAAACGGGUGACCGAGCUUGAGUGCCAGAGCAACCAAACCCCAGUGAUCAAAUCCCAGAAGACUGAACUCAACCAAACCAUAGAGGAGCUAGAAAACACGCUUAGAGAUAAAGAAGAGGAAAUGGAAAAAUUGAAAGAAGAAUUGGAAACCAUGAACGACCUGAUGGAGCAGAAAGACACUCUUACCCAGAAAUUAGAGGAGACGGAGUUGCGCAGUCGGGUGCUCGAGGAGCAGCUGUCGGGUGCCGAGCAGCGGCUGGAGGAGAACCAGGAGGAGCAGGAGAACUUUAGGAAGAGCCUGCGGACGCUGCUGGAGCUGCUGGACGGCAAGAUCUUUGAGCUGACGGAGCUCAGAGACACCUUGGCCCGGCUCAUAGAGGAAGCCAGCUAGAGACGGAGAUGCCUGUUCUUCGCAGAUAGAGCCAUAUGAUAAUUUACUGACACCACCAACUACCCCCACCCCCCGAACCAGUCCCGUUCCCCGCGAUCCCCAUCUUCAUACUCCCCGCAAACGUUUAAACUGAGACACUGCACUGCCCUCACCCAUAUUUCGCGCAAAAAGGGCAGCUGGUUCCCUUGUUUUUACCUUGAAGGCUCCGAGUUCCUACCAACCGCAGGCUCUCCUGUAGUUCAAGACGACACAGGGACUACCUCAGCUCGCCUUCUGAUUGGCUGGUGUAGGCAUAACCUCGGUUGAACUGGCUACUCCAGGUGUGGAGAUGCCUGCUUUGGCACCUGCCCCCCUCCCCCUCCUGCGCACACAUACACACACACACACACAAACACACACAAACACAUUUUUUUCAAACUUGAGAACUGUGCCUCAGUGCCAUCUACUGUUUUUCCCGGAGAGCUGCACCACAGCUUGCGGCGUCGGGGCGUCGCAAAACAUCUCACGCACACACACACACACUCUCACACCAUUUUCUUCCUCUUGAAACUGCCCCCCCAAGGGGAAUGUUGAAAGUCAUGUGGAAAUAAUUGCUGUUAAGACUCAGAGAACUGCGCCAAAGCUGCCAAAUCCCCUGAAAAUAUUGUCCUCUAACUUGCAGAUGCUUUGAUCCAAAGUGACUUACUGUACAGAGAAGAGCUGAGCAGAGAAACCCAUGUCUGAGCUUGGGCUGACAGAAGAGCGUCACUGGAAACGGAGAAUUAAAGGAUGACUCUCGCUAAACCAGCCAUUGGCCCAGAGUGACAUCACCUCUGCUCCCCGGCUUGGAUACACAGGGCAGCUGGGAAAUAGAGUUUGCCAUCCCUCUUGAACGUAAAAACUCCCGUUGACCCACCGCUUAUUUAAAAUCCUACACGAUUGGUGAUUAUUGAAUCUUCCAGAGGCAUUGUUCACACCACACAGAAAUUUUAGAGAGCGUGUGCCUGUGCCACAUUUGACAUAAACAAAAAAAAUCCCUGUAUCCAGACUGCUUCCGCCAUCACAGACAACCGACCUGUCUUCCUGCCAAACUCAGUGUGGUGUGUGUUUCCGAAACAAGGCCCGGCCUUUGACAUAACGCGUGCCUUCGACGCGCACAUCCAGUAAAAUGGACACGUGUUCUUAAAUGAUAUGUUUCGUGCUGUGAGAGAAAGACCCUGCUUCUGGACAAGGCCCACAAAACAAACACGCAGACACACACACACGCACACACACACACACUGAGCAAUACCAGACAGGCUCUGUACGUACGACACCUCUACUCUCCAACUCUAUCAGGUACUCUACUCAGUGGACUCAUGCAGAUAGGUCAAAUGCAACUAAGCUGAUCCCCCGUGUCCAACAGAAAGUGUACUACUGUUGACCGCAAAACUGUGUGGCAGCCCUGUCUGGUCGAAGUAGUGCAUCGCGAAGGGCUUACAGAGUGUCAUCUCGUAAAUCUCCACCUUCAGUGAAACUGGCCACAGAUUUUCACUCCUCACAGGUGAAUGCAGAACUGUACUCAGUUUCUAUUCUUCGUUCUUUCUUUCUUUCUCUCUUUCUUUCUUUUUUUUUUACACAAGAUACAAUACUGAUGAUAUAAUUGUAGAACUGUAUAAGAGAACUUUCUACUCAUGAAGACGGCAUUGUAAAUGAAUAGAUGGAUAACUCAAAUGCAGUAACACCCUGCAGUGGCUUAUUGUCGUGUAUUAACCCACGAGUAUCUAUAGUCUGUAGGCGAACAAUCUUCUGUAUAUUUAAAAUGCGUAACAACACGGCUUGGUGUUACACAUUCACGUACCAAAACACACACUUACUGUAUAGAGCAGCUCUUAACGCUGGCGAACCCCAAAACUGCAUCUUAAAUUUUCUUCCUUUGAAAUGAGUAAAUUUCUUAAAAAUAAAUUAAAAAAAAAAAAAAAAAAAAAAAAAA